AUGGCUAUAGUAAAUUUGAAGUAUAAUACAUUUCUCGAAAUCAUUUUCGGCUCUUCCAACCUCGACUACAGAGUCCAAAAAAGAAUAGUAACCGAUCUCUGGGACGGAAACUUCGAAGCCCCGGUCGACAAGUGCGCGCAACAUACCCUGCGCAAGGCCAAUUCACAAAAGUAUAGCAUCGUAACUCGCUUUGUGCCUCCAUAUUGCUUAACAGUAACCUUCUAUAAAGAUACAAUUGGCUUUGUUACUGUUUCAAGUCUCGAUCCGGAUUUUCAACAUGGUAUUACUGAUCUAGGUGAUGGCUUCCAUGUCACCGACCAAGCAGUCACAGCUCUAAGACAGGCCUACCAUGAUACCCUUGAUCUUAACACUGCCAAGCAAGUGGCGAGUAUGAGUUUCCUUAGCGGCAAUCCGCGUGAUAAUAAUGCUCAUGAAUCAGCCAUCAACAAGUACGAUCUAGCUUGUAAAGCCGGCAACAACUUCAAACAGGACGAGAUUUACAUUCGUGUGGAGGGUCCAGCAGGCCCUCCAGCACCAGCGCCUGGAUUACCAGAUCCAAAGACGAUUCUUAAGUACCAUCCUACUCCAUUUCCUGGAAUAUGGUUAAACAUCAAACAUCGCACUUGGCUACUAUCUGUCUAUUGGAUACACAAAUUCUUGCACUGGAUGUUUGCGAGUAGCAAAGUUGACUUCCAGAAAGGUCCUGCCGCCGUAUUAAAUGAUUUCGCCUACAGCACGCACAACGGCAAAUAUGCAAGAAAGCUGCAUAUCAUUGGAGGGGAAUUAUCUUCUCACCUGAAUUGGUGCCGCUGGCCGUUCGCUUUGCUGAACCUCAACGCAACCAAUAUUGGAGUGGCAGCCGUAAUUGGUCUCUUCACAGCAGCAAAAAUUGGCAACACUGAAACAGCAUUAAAGAUUGCUGCUUCCCUGCUGCUGGGCCUUUUUGUGUGGCAGAUAAUCUGGACAUACUUUGUGUCUACGACCACGUACGAGAACAUUGCUUCCAACGACUUCCGGCUGCGAACGGUAAAACAAGCCGUUACAUUGUUCGGUCUCGAUGAUUGCCACCUGCGGUUAUUGCUGGCGAUGAUAUCACCUCAAGAAGAUAUCUAUGCUCAUGGCAGCGAAAAUUCAUAUUUAGACAUUGCGGGAAUGGGAGUUCUUGAAGUGACUGAUUCGGUGCCAUCAGAGAUCUUGUACGUUGCAGGAUAUAUCACAAGCUCACUAGAUCCUACGGAAAUCAACCAUCAUUCGGCCCCAGACAGUAGCGCUGCAUUAGCAGCUUGGGUCCCUUUCGAUACUCAUCGAAUCACUUACUCCUCUAACGAUAAGGUGCGACGGUUUUGGCUAAUUGAUAGCAAGCUUCAUCUAUCCAAUUCCAGGAGAUCAUCAAUCGAAAGAACAGAGGAGAGCAAGCUGGUCUUCAAGCACGAUGGAGAUGAACUGAAUCUGCCAAAUAAGCUUCGUGUCUAUGGGAAUAUUGCCAAUUGCCAGACAGCGUAA